AGAAGCCUUAAGAGGCUGCCCAGCGUUGGAAGUUCGUAUCCCCAAGAAUGCUGGAGGUUCCGGCUCGCACACCCCCUCCGGGCACAGAGUCAGCUGCGGGGUGCUGGGAGGGAGAACGCCCCGCUCCUCACCCCCCAUCCCCGUGCACCCUGGAGCCCAGCUCCAUACGUUCGGCCACCCCAGGCGGACUCGGGGUGGCCGGGUAGCGGGUGGUGGCAGGAGGGGACCGGGUAACGGCAGGCCCGAGAGGAGGUCGCUGGGCCGGGCCGGAGGCGCACAGGGGCUGCGUGGCUACCUCGGCGGCACCCGCCCCACCUCCGCCGGCUAAGCCCGGAGGGGAACGGUGAGUCAGAUCUCGGGCACCCGCGGGUCGGGCGGGGAGGGGGAGGCAGGUCAGGAAAUGACAUCAGAGGCCUGUGCUCAGGGAGUGGGGGUCUGAGCCGGGCUGGGGCGGCGGGGGCGGCAGUGAGUGGGGUGGGGGCAAGCGGACCUCGGCGGAGCCUCCGGCCUGAGGCAGGAUCAGGGCCCCUUCCUGGGGGAGUUUCCUGCUUGGUCCGCCCUUCCCCGCUCUCCCCGCCCCCUCUCCGGGCCGCUCCUUGUAUGGUCUGGGCGCCGCUCUCUCCCCGCCCCCUCUCUUCUCCCUCCCUCCUCCUUCCGUGUGUCCCUCCCCGCCCGGCUGGAGGCUGCUCCGGACCGGGACGCAGAGUCCGCGGACCCGGCGCCGAGGCGGCCACCCGAGACGCGGCGCGCACGCUCCGGCCUGCGCAGCCCGGCCCGGCCAUGGCGGCCCCCCGCCCGUCUCCCGCGAUCUCCGUUUCGGUCUCGGCUCCGGCUUUUUACGCCCCGCAGAAGAAGUUCGGCCCUGUGGUGGCCCCAAAGCCCAAAGUGAAUCCCUUCCGGCCCGGGGACAGCGAGCCUCCCCCGGCACCCGGGGCCCAGCGCGCACAGAUGGGCCGGGUGGGCGAGAUUCCCCCGCCGCCCCCGGAAGACUUUCCCCUGCCUCCACCUCCCCUUGCUGGGGAUGGCGACGAUGCAGAGGGUGCUCUGGGAGGUGCCUUCCCGCCGCCCCCUCCUCCGAUCGAGGAAUCAUUUCCCCCUGCGCCUCUGGAGGAGGAGAUCUUCCCUUCCCCGCCGCCUCCUCUGGAGGAGGAGGGAGGGCCUGAGGCCCCCAUACCGCCCCCACCACAGCCCAGGGAGAAGGUGAGCAGUAUUGAUUUGGAGAUCGACUCUCUGUCCUCACUGCUGGAUGACAUGACCAAGAAUGAUCCUUUCAAAGCCCGGGUGUCAUCUGGAUAUGUGCCCCCACCAGUGGCCACUCCAUUUAGUUCCAUGUCCAGUAUCAAGCCUGCCGCCGGGGGCACAGCACCCCUGCCUCCUUGGAAGUCCCCUUCCAGCUCCCAGCCUCUGCCCCAGGUUCCGGUUCCGGCUCCGGCUCAGAGCCAGACACAGUUCCAUGUUCAGCCCCAGCCCCAGCCCCAGCCCAAGCCUCAGGUCCAACUCCAUGUCCAGUCCCAGCCCCAGCCUGUGUCUUUGGCUAACACCCAGCCCCGAGGGCCCCCAGCCUCAUCUCCGGCUCCAGCCCCUAAGUUUUCUCCAGUGACUCCUAAGUUUACACCUGUGGCUUCCAAGUUCAGUCCUGGAGCCCCAGGUGGAUCUGGGUCACAACCAAAUCAAAAAUUGGGGCAUCCCGAAGCUCUUUCCGCUGGCACAGGCUCCCCUCAACCUCCCAGCUUCACCUAUGCCCAGCAGAGGGAGAAGCCCCGAGUGCAGGAGAAGCAGCACCCCGUGCCCCCACCGGCUCAGAACCAAAACCAGGUGCGCUCCCCUGGGGCCCCAGGGCCCCUGACUCUGAAGGAGGUGGAGGAGCUGGAGCAGCUGACCCAGCAGCUAAUGCAGGACAUGGAGCAUCCUCAGAGGCAGAACGUGGCUGUCAACGAACUCUGCGGCCAAUGCCAUCAACCCCUGGCCCGGGCGCAGCCAGCCGUCCGCGCCCUGGGGCAGCUGUUCCACAUCGCCUGCUUCACCUGCCACCAGUGUGCGCAGCAGCUCCAGGGCCAGCAGUUCUAUAGCCUGGAGGGGGCGCCGUACUGCGAGGGCUGUUACACUGACACCCUGGAGAAGUGCAACACCUGCGGGGAGCCCAUCACCGACCGCAUGCUGAGGGCCACGGGCAAGGCCUAUCACCCGCACUGCUUCACCUGUGUGGUCUGCGCCCGCCCCCUGGAGGGCACCUCCUUCAUCGUGGACCAGGCCAACCGGCCCCACUGUGUCCCCGACUACCACAAGCAGUACGCCCCGAGGUGCUCCGUCUGCUCUGAGCCCAUCAUGCCUGAGCCUGGCCGAGAUGAGACCGUGCGAGUGGUCGCCCUGGACAAGAACUUCCACAUGAAGUGUUACAAGUGUGAGGACUGCGGGAAGCCCCUGUCGAUUGAGGCAGAUGACAAUGGCUGCUUCCCCCUGGACGGUCACGUGCUCUGUCGGAAGUGCCACACUGCUAGAGCCCAGACCUGAGUGAGGACAGGCCCUCUUCAGACCGCAGUCCAUGCCCCAUUGUGGACCACCCACACUGAGACCACCUGCCCGCACCUCAGUUAUUGUUUUGAUGUCUAGCCCCUCCCAUUUCCAACCCCUCCCUAGCAUCCCAGGUGCCCUGACCCAGGACCCAACAUGGUCUAGGGAUGCAGGAUCCCCGCCCUGGCGUCUGGUCCUCGCCCAUCCUGCAGGGAUUACCCACCGUCUUCCAGACACCCCACCUGAGGGGGGCACCAGGUUUAGUGCUGCUGCUUUCACCGCUGCACCCGCGCCCUCGGCCGGCCCCCCGAGCAGCCUUUGUACUCUGCUUGCGGAGGGCUGGGAGACGCCCUGACCCUCCAGGACAUUCCCACCCUCCCCCAUGCUGCCAGGUUGUAGCUAUAGCUACAAAUAAAAAAAACCCUUGUUUUCCAGAA